AUUCCGGCUCCAGUGGUUCAAGAUGAGUCUAAGCAACAAGGUGGUGAUCGUGACAGGAGCUAGCAGCGGAAUCGGUGCGGCAAUCGCCCAGGUUCUGGCUCGUGAGGGUGCCACCUUGGCGCUGGUGGGUCGCAAUGUGGCCAACCUGGAGGCCACGAAGAAGAACCUGAAGGGCGCACAGGCGGAGAUUGUGGUGGCCGACGUGACCAAGGACGCGGACGCGAUUGUACAACAAACGUUGGCCAAGUUUGGCCGCAUCGAUGUGCUGGUUAACAACGCCGGCAUUCUCGGCAAGGGCGGCCUCAUCGACUUGGACAUCGCCGAGUUCGACUCGGUGCUGAAUACCAAUCUGCGCGGUGUUAUCCUGCUGACCAAGGCGGUGCUGCCGCAUCUCCUGAAAACAAAGGGAGCCGUCGUCAAUGUGAGCAGCUGUGCCGGAAUUCGGCCGUUUGCCGGUGCCCUAAGCUAUGGCGUUUCCAAGGCGGCCCUCGACCAGUUCACCAAGAUCGUGGCCCUCGAGAUGGCGCCGCAGGGCGUGCGCGUCAACUCGGUGAAUCCCGGCUUUGUGGUCACCAACAUCCAUCGCAGUAUUGGCAUCGUUGACGAGGAAUACAACGGAGUGCUUCAGCGGGCCAUCAACUCGCAUCCCAUGGGCCGCGUGGGCGAUGUCACCGAAGUCGCCGAGGCCGUGGCCUUUUUGGCCAGCUCCAAGGCCAGUUUCACCACCGGCGCCCUGCUUCCCAUCGACGGUGGCAAGCACAAUCUGACGCCUCGUUAAGCGUGCCCUCCGUAAUUACGUUUCCUCCAUUAUUUCCCUCACUUCUUUUUUUUUUUGUUGUAAUAAAUAAGUUGUAACCACACUGAACAAACUGAA